AUGCAGUCACGGAACAUAGCCCACGGCAGCGUGAUUGACAUUGGCGGCAGUGUUAUGCAGAGCAACAUUGGUGAGCGGUUGCUUUGCGCUCUUCAAGAGCCGUAUGAUGAGCACAACAAGCCCACGCUUCCGGACGAACUGCUGUAUGACGAUGUUGGUUUACCCAUAUGGAACGAGAUUAUCUUUACCACAGAAUUCUACCAAACCCAUGAUGAAAUUGCCUUGUUUAACGAGUACGGCGUGCACAUCGCACGGCGAGUCAAGGCGGGUGUGACCAUGGUAGAUCUUGGUGCUGGGGACACCAGAAAAGUCGAGCACCUCCUGGCGGCAUUCGAAAAGGCCCAGACGCCGGCGACAUAUCUGGCUCUAGAUAUUUCAAAGGCGUCCCUGGAAUGUAACGUAGCCUACAUAGCCAAUUUGCACUCCGGUCUAGAAUCCAAUGUUGUUUGUGCGGGUCUUUGGGGUACGUUUCAGGACGGCCAGCGGUAUGCCAACAGUAUAAAAGGCCCCAGAUUGUUUCUCUCUUUGGGUUCGGUUCUGUGCAACGAUCCAUGGGUCACCGCGGUAGAGCAUCUGAAGUCUUGGAAGACCAUCAUGCGACCCGGUGACCUACUGUUGGUUGGAAUGGAUGCCCACAUGGCUGCUGACCAGAGAGAAAAGCUUUGGAAAGCAUAUCACUCCAGGGAGGAUUUAUAUCGGCGUUUCUUUCUCAACGGUUUUGAUCACGCCAACAGACUUCUUGGCGAAGAUGUGUUCAAAGAAGAAGACUGGGACUUCUGCGCAGAUAUUGAGAAGGAACCAACAACGAGGCACCGCUUCUAUUUCCGCCCCAACAAAACAAUCAAUUGCCACAAGAUUAAGAGAACUAUCCAUGUUGGCGAGGAGUUCGAUUGGUUCGAUGCGCACAAAUACUGCGAAAACAGUGUCCAAAUCAUGUGCUCCAAAGCAGGGCUAAGUGUUAUAGACGUUUGGAGAGCGCCAGACUCGGAAUUUCGCCAGUAUCUCAUUCGGCUAAAAGAUUCAGAUGACCUGAAAGAAGACAGUGAUAGUGGUGUAUCUGGUCUUUCGUAA